AUGGCAUACAUAAUUAGUAAAUAGAACAGUUUAGGAAAAGAUAAGAGAUAUAAUUUAUUUAAAUCUGCAUUGUUCCUUUCUUUAAAAGCAAAAGACUUCAAAUAUGAAGAUCAUUUAAGAAGUUUAUUUGGGAAGCAUGUAAAAGUAUGUGUAAUAAUUAGGGAUUUAUAUUUUCAACAUUAGAAAAAGUGCUUCAUGAUGCAGCUAAAUAAUUAGGAACUUGUGCAUCUGAUCCUGUGACAAUUAGUUAUUUUGAGAAGGCAAUGUAAUAGAGUGGAGAUAUUGAUAAAUACUUUUAGGUGGUAUCAGGUAUAGUAAAUGGGGAAGGGAUAAAAGUAUGUGAUUUAGAAGGAGAAGUGUAUUAUUAAUUUUAGAUAUUGAAAGAAGAGGAAAUGUUAUUAAGAUUGCAUGAGACAUUAUAAUAAUUUAAACCAGAAAAGAAACCAAUAUAUAGAGUAAUUAAAUAUUUACAUAUAUAGAUUGCAUGUUGGCAUAAAGCGUGCUUUAUAUCAAUGUUACCAGGAUAUGGUGGUCAUAUGCAGGAGAAAUGUACAUAUUGGAAAUAACCAUUUUUGAUGAGGAAUAUGAUGAGAGGAGAGAGAAGAAUGAUGAUCACAAAUAGCAUAGAAUGGAUGGUAGAUGAUAUGUGUCAUUUCAAACCAAUUUUAAAUAGAGGAGAAGAUUACUUAAAGUGUGUAUGA